AUGCCCAACACGAAUCGUCCACCUACGGGGCAGAGUAUUCAGGAUCUCAUGGCACAACGAUAUCCUCAACCCAAUCGAGCGAGGAACCCACACUUUCCACCCCAACAUCCCCCGGCCUAUCAGCAACCACCACAGCAAAUGAACAUGCCUAACCAACAAUAUCAACCCACACAGGGUGUAUCAUACACAAAUCCUCCUGUGAAUCCACAAGUACCCAAUCGAUUGUCUCCCUAUGGAUCUCCUCCUCAAGCAUCGCACCCACCUCCUGCAGGAGGAAUGUCAGGUCCUCCUACGACAUUUCCAAACCCAACUCCCAAACCAGCGCAGUCCAAAGCAAGUACAACGAAGAAGAUAGACAAAAAUAUUGCGACGGGGCCGUCUGGAUUUCCGUACAACACUGACGAGCAGAAUAAGCUCUUGUCUUAUUGCGAAUGGAAAGAUAAGGUGCUAUGGGCGAGUCGCAUGAUUCUUGGAGGAAACUCUGUGAACGGCUUCUUGCGGGCGACGGCUGCAGCACAACGUAUCAAGAAGCAACGAGCUCGUCAGAGUGCACAAGCCAGAAAGACAGCAGCUGCUGCAGCCUCUACAGGCGGCAAUGCGGAAGCUGCUGCAGACGCUGACAAAAAGGCAAAACCUGUUUUUGAUCAGGUGGAAGAGGAAAAACUGAAAAAGGACAUUAUGAAUCCUCGAACAGCCAAGAAAAUUAAAUCAGAGUUGGAAGCUGGCAUGGAAUAUUGCACUUCGCUCCAUAACGUUCUGAGAAGUGUCUUGUAUGAGGUGGAUCCUUCCAUGAGCCAGUACUUCCCGGCACCACUUGACAAACCGGCUCUUGUUCCAACACUUCCCACGCCACAGCAACCAACGGUUCCUCAUGACUCCAGUAUACCAUGGGCAUUGAAUUCAAAAACAGCACCGAAACAACGGCCAGCUCCUGCGGCACCCUCUGCUAGCUCUGCCGCUUCAUCGGCUCAGAAUGUUGGCUCCUCUACAUUGCGGAGAUCGCGGCGGAAGAAGUUGCCUCCAUCCAAGGAGCCGCCUGUCAACUUACCUGAAUUCGAUUCGUUUGGAAAGAGAGUCUGUGCCAAGAAGGAACACAGUAUUCGCGUCUUUGAGGUGUUGCGUUUCAGGUCAUUGAAGGCAGGUGACUUUGUUGCGGCUCGAUUGUCCAGCAGAGAUUUAUGGAUUCUUGCAAAGGUACUAAAGGAUUAUUCGGGAUUUACCAUGGCUCCUGUUGAAUUUGUGAAGUUAUCAGGCGCACGUCGGGAUGCCGUGUUCAAAGAAAAGGUGAUGGUACGGGACGUGGAAGAAAAAGAAGAUGGGGGGUCAACUCUGGUUUCAAGAAACCUCGUUUUGCCCCUUCCAAGGACAUAUUCUGAAGCGGCCGAAUGGGGGCAGCGGUGCAAGAAAGGAUCCCGCGUUUAUGCAAUGUAUCCUCAAACGACAUCUCUAUACCCAGCUACAGUUAUUGAUAGCACGACGUACUGCAGAAAUGAUGACGAUAUCAUUGUAGUUGAAUUCGAUGGUGAAGAACAAGAUCCUACAGGAAAAGUACCACAAUAUCAUAUUCCAGCACGUUUUGUAACCUUGAUUCCAAGAGAGUUCCCAGCAUCACAAGAGUCAUCCUCGAAACAGAACAAAGUAAAGACGCAAGCAAAGAAUGAAUCGGAUCCGUUUACGUCCUCGGGAUUUGGUGGCUUAGAUGCGCUUGGUGACAUUGAUUCAAUUGAACUUGAUUUAGAUGCACCACUAGAGGGUGGAGAAGAGGGAAUGGAUUUCCCAAUGUUUUGA